AUGGGACGUCUAGACGGCAAAGUAGCUCUCGUGACUGGAGCCGGCAGUGGUUUCGGCGAGGCUAUUGCACAUGCAUAUACCGCAGAAGGGGCAAAAGUGCUGAUAGCAGACAUCGCUGUCGCCAAUGGACAGAGGGUGGCCUCUGACAUCGCAGCCAAAAAUUCCACCGGGGAAGCCAUAUUUGUGGAGUUGAACGUCACUAAACGCAGCGAUUGGGAGAAGGGGCUGGCACUGGCCAAGGACAAGUUUGGGAAGUUGGACAUUGUGGUCAACAAUGCCGGCACCACCUACAAGAAACAGCCUAGCAUGGGCGUCUCGGAAGAGGAUUUCGACAGGGUUGUGGCCGUCAAUAUCAAGAGCAUAUACCUGAGUGUUUCGGUUUUGAUGCCGUAUUUCGUCGAGAGGAAAAGCGGUGUCUUCCUGAGCACUUCGUCCAUUUCUGGCAUGCGAACUCGGCCAGGUCAGGUCUUUUACGGCGGUACCAAGGGAUUUGUCAAUACGAUCACCCAAGGGCUUGCUGCCGAGUAUGGGCCAGAAGGGAUCCGCGUGAACUCGAUCUGCCCGCUCAGAGGCGCCACGGGCCUGCUAGAAUUAUUUAGCGGUGUCCCAGACACUCCCGAAGAAAGAGAGAGGUUUGCCCAAACCGUUCCGCUCCGUCGAAUGUCGGAUCCAAACGACAUCGCCAUGGCAGCAGUUUAUCUUGCGAGCGACGAGGCAGCAUUUGUCACUGGGGUCAAUCUGCCGGUGGAUGGAGGGCGACUGGCUCUGUGA